UGCCGGCAUACAAACAUCUUUAAAGAGGCUCGUGCGUCGAAGCUGCAGAUCCUCGAGCAGGCCCUUAGUUUGGUUGCGGUGGGUUUCGUCCUAGCACUUGCAUACUUUUGGGAGGUUUGUGCUCGUGCGUGCUCUUUUCAGUAUGCAGGACGAGGAGGGUCAAGGCGAUUUGUUUCUAUCUCACAAACAGGCCAAAGCGACCUUGAGGAGGGGGGGAUAUAAGGACAGUAUGCUUCGUCUCAUGUCGACCUUCCGAUGCAAGUUCACGCAGUUUUUACGCAUAUCAUCUGUUUGUCGUUGCAGUUCAUCCAAAAGAACAUCUUUGUUCAAUACAUAUCAAUAAUAAUUAUUUGGUCUAUAAUACCAUUGAAACAUUGUGCACACUUAUUUCUAUAUACCUUUCUGCUGGCCAAGAAAACGAAAAAAAAAAAACACAAAAACGCACAAUGGCUCACCACCAACAUAGGCGCACUUAUACCCGCACCAUCCUGUUUUCCGAAACCUUUGAUUUCCCAACGCCGCCGACAUGGCAACAGGAUGAGGCGCCCCUCCCGCCGACUUCCCAGGGGCAUCGAUAUACAAUGUCCAACCAAUUGCCCGUUGCUGCUCCCUGGCCGGCGGUGCCUCCGACGCCAUCCAUGCCCACUCGGCCCAUGAGCCGGAUGCCGCGCGUGUCGCACGUUCCGGUAACACUGCACGACAAACCGCUACCUGAAUACCCUCAGAUGCACGAAUUUAUCAUCAACUGCAGCGGCGAGGCUACCACCCUGGCGACCGCGCCGGUCGCGGCUUCUAUGCCGUCGCCGGGGGAGGUUUCGCGCUGGAGCAUCUGCAGCGACGACACCGUCGUCGAGUCCAUGUCGCGCCCGCUGUCCCCGAGCAGCUCCAUCCAAAAACUGCGCAGCAUGGCUAGCUCCACCGCACUGCGCAGCGUCAAAUCCUCGAUGAAACUUCGAGUAAAACUUAAUACGACCUUGAAGCAGCUCGCGAGGAGGACGAAGAGCAUGGGUUGAUUUCCCAUGCUUUUGUUUAUUGUCCUCCUCGGGUAGAGCUUUCUUCAAACUAAUGUCUGACUAUUUGCAACGGUUUUUUUUUUCCCCGCAACUUUUUUUUACACAGCUGCGACCCACGUUCAUUCCACGUAUCCUUUCACGAUACCUAUUUUACAUAAGAUCAUUUUAUUUUACGGCCGACCACACUUAACGAACAGCACGAUUGUUUUUGCUUUUUACCUUGGCUUUUUGUUUUCUGUUUUACGUUAUGAUACCAUCUAGAUCACAGUCUCUCUACGACUAUCUCUCCUAUCUCUCUUUUCUAUUUCUUUACUUCCUCUCUCCGUAUCUCGAUCAUCACUACCACAUGAUGUCUCUUUUGUUUCUGGGGCAUACUCGACAUUUUUCUGUAUGUAUCUUUCCCCUCCUAAUCUCUCCCCCCAGCGCUUAACUUGUUGUGCUUGCUCUUGCUUUUCGAACGGCUGUGCCUAGUUUCGCUGCGUGUGCUUUUUUAGGAAUAGACAAAAUUAGGGAAUAGAAAACUCCAAAAAAUCAAUUAAAAAAACUUGAAACAAACCGAAA